UUUUUUGUAUAAAAAAGGUGUGUUUCCUUGGUGAGGAGAGAUAUGUUUUUGUGGAAAUUAUUGUGGAAUCAGUCGGAAUCGCUCGGGAGCGGCGGCGGAUGAGAUGAGAGAAACGGUUUGGUUUGAAUUUUCCAUGGAAACUGGGAGAAGAGUGAGUGGGGGAAUUUUUCAUAGAAAUUGUUUUUAGGUUUCCAUAGAAAUAAUUGUUAUGGGGAGAAAUAAUAGUAAAAUUAUCGAAUUGGCCAAAGGGUUUAAUAAUUUUUAUUUCAAACACCUCCAAACCCCUCCCGCCACCACCCCGGGCUACACCCGCCUCACCAUCCCCCAGGGAAACUCCACCCCCCACGUGGUGAUCGGUUUAUUAACCCCCCAAAUCCUAGAAAACCUAUCCCCAUGGCAACCACAUUUCAUCCUCAGAAACAAAAACUUGGAAUUCACCCCAAAAAAUCCGGAAAAACGCACCGAAAUUUUCCAUGAAAUCCUCCUCGACUGGAAAGAAAAGGGACUUUUCCACCUGGACAAAACGUGGCGGGGGGAGAACUUUGAGAUAAAACCCGGCUCGCACUACACCUCGGACUCAACUCCGCCCCUUUUCACCCUCGACCGCUCGGCCACCCCCCUUUUCGGCCUCCGACAAUUCGGUGUCCAUGUCAACGGAUUUGUCAGAAAACCCAGUGGAUUGUCGCUAUGGUUACAGAAAAGAUCCGGAAAUAGGGAAAUGUGGCCGGGGUUUUUCGAUAAUUUGGUCGGGGGUGGGCUCUCCACGAAAAACACGAUAAUCACCACGGCAACGAAGGAAUCCUCGGAAGAAGCCUCGAUUCCGAGCGAUUAUUUAAUGGAAAAUUUGAAACCCGCCGGGGCCGUUAGCUUUUUUUACGAGUCGAAUUACGGACUAUUUCCGAACACUGAAUUUGUCUUUGACCUUGAAUUGAGUGAAGAUUUCGAACCUUCGAAUAAUGACGGAGAAGUCGAGGGAUUUGUUUUGGUCACAGUUGAGGAAGCCAUGGAAAUCGUGAAAUCAUCAAAAUUCAAAACAACCUCAUGCCCCGUGAUUUUGGAUUUUUUAGUCAGACACGGAUUCAUCAAUAGUUUCAAUGAACCACAGUUACCACAACUCCUCCCCCUUCUCCACAUGCCGUUGGAUAUGUUUUACACAAGUAACCAUGGAAAUUAUUAACAAACAUUUUGUAACCAUGGAUAUUUUAUUUAAAUAAAAAUAAAAAUACAUCACUCCUCCCCGCA